AUGGAGGAGCGUGUGGCAUGCUUCGCCUUUGAGCGCCAGACCGCCAAUGACCUCGCCUUCAAGGUCGGCGACACUAUCGUGGUAACCAACAAGUCGACUGGAGACGACGGCUGGUGGGAGGGCUACCUCAAGUCCGACCCCACCUGCAAGGUCGGCUACUUUCCCGAGAACUACGCCCUCCUUCCUGAUGCCGUGCCUGCUGUGUCGGAGCCGGCCACCGCCGCACGCGUCUCCACCGACGAUCCCGAUGGCACCCUCGCCGCAGCCCUCGACCGGCUCGAUCCCGCUACGGCUGCAGACCGCAGGCCGAUUGCUACGCCGGAGCCCAUGACUAUCCCGUCUCUUGUCGAGUUUGGCGAGCUCAACGAGGCCAUGGACGCCCAUGUGGCCGACGCCCUGGCGUCACCGACGCUGUCGUCGCCACCGGCCUCCACCUCCCCCGCCACCUCCCCCGCCACCGCCUCCACCCCCGCCCCUGUCGCUACCGAGCUGUCUUUGCAGGACGAGCCGUCGUCUUCGGGCCACUGCGCCAUCGACGCUCGCUACGAGUGGCGCGAGGUCGAGCCGUACUUUGAGAUCGAGGUCGAUGUUGCGUUGGCACGCGGCUCCAAGUUUGGUGGUCUCAAGAAGUUCACCUCGUACAGCAUACGGACGCCAGCCAAGGGCUGGGCCGUCUUGCAUCGCUACAAGCACUUCCACUGGCUUCGCGAGCGGCUUGUCGCCAAGUACGCCGGCAUCGCCAUUCCUGAAAUCCCAUCCAAGCAGCUGACCGGGCGGUUCAAGGACAACAUCGUGUCGUACAGGCGGCAUUUUCUCGCCGUCUUUCUCAACGCGGUCGCUCGCCAUCCGGUUCUCCGCUCGGCCCCGGUCUUCCACCACUUUCUCUCGGUCGACUCGACGUCUGAGGGCGAGUGGAAGCAGGGUAAGCGCGCCGCCGAGCGCGACGAUGUCCAGGGCAAGGCCUUCCUUUCUGCUGUCUCUGCCGCCGCCACGCCAUCGCUUUCGUCUGGCGAAGAGGUCGACCAGGCCCAGGACUUUGUCCGCGCCAUGCCCAACCAUGCCAAGCACUGGACGGCCCUUGUCGAUGUCAUGAACGCGUCGGCCAAGAAGCGACUUGAGCUUGUCGAGUCGACUGAGGAGCUGUGGCAGGGCUUCUCGCAGAUGUCUGGCUCUACCGGCGAUCCGUUCUGCUGGCGCGCAGAGUGUGAUGAGUGCUCGUCGGCUACAGGCUGUCUUGGCGCCGUAUCAGCCACUCUCCAGACCCAAGCCCAGCUCCAGCUGGAGGCCUCGCUCGCCGAGUCGGACCUUGCCAACUGCUUCCAGUCCUCACGCGAUGCGCUCGGCGUCACCCUCGCCGCCGUCAAAACCGAGGUCUCCUCGCGCACCGCCGCUGUGGCCAAGAACGCCAAGCUGCAGGCAGCCUCGCAACCUGUUCCCGAGGGCUCAGUCGAGGCAGCACAGGCCCACCUCGCCGUUGCCGUCGCUGAACUCAACCACUUUCAUGCCACCCGCGCCAUUGACAACAAGCUCGCUCUCCUCGCCUACGCCCGCACCCAGGCUGCACUCCACGCCCGCGCGGCAGCCUCCUGGACCGCCCUCGCCGGUGAGCUCGAUGCCUACCCGGUCGACCAAGCUGCGUACGACAUCGAGUAUGCACACUUUACGAAGCUCCACGCUUCUGACACGGCCGAGCCGGUUCUUUCUCCCAGCGUUGAGCCGUCGUCGCCGCCGCCGCCCGUCGUGGCCGCGCCAUGAGACUGUCGCCCGAGACUACGGCAAACGCGGCGUCGCCUUGCCGCCCAAACUCACCUGCCCAGACGGCAGCUCGAUGUUGACCUCAAAGGCAACGUCGGUAAACGAGAGUGACGAGCCAGA